UACCAGUAACUUCUUUUUGCUUUUGUGACAGUUUCUCAUCUGCCACUGGAGUAAAGGAGGGCAGAGUCAAGACCUAGCCUCUGCUUCAUAAUUCCCAACACUCCUUGGGAAUUUCCCUUGGGAAUUUCCUCCUUUGGGGUAGCACCACCAGCCUCAUCUAGCCAAUGUCAUGGACUUACAGGCCUCUCGCAAUGAUCUGCUUUUCAGAUAACACCAUCCAGUCCAUUUUCUGUUGCUGUUGCUGUUGUUCCUUGCAGAAGCGACAAGUAAGAACACAAAUAAGCCUGAGCAAAGAUGAAGAAUUUUCAGAAAAAUACACUCCGCAUCGCAGGCUGUGGUUCAGGGAAUUGCCAAGUAAGAAGCGAUCCAACAGAGGCCACACGCAGCCAUCCAAACGCAAGCCUCUGCCUCCCCUCCCACUCUCUGAGGUCACCGAAGAGAAGAUCCAAGUAAAGGCGCUCUAUGAUUUUGUGCCCAGAGAGCCAUGUGAUUUAGCUUUGAAGAGAGCAGAGGAGUACCUGAUACUGGAGAAGUAUAACCCGCACUGGUGGAAGGCGAGAGACCGUUUGGGGAAUGAAGGCUUAAUCCCCAGCAACUAUGUCACUGAAAACAAACUAACCAAUUUAGAAAUAUAUGAGUGGUACCACAGAAACAUUACCAGAAAUCAAGCAGAACGUGUUUUGAGACAAGAGUCUAAAGAAGGUGCAUUUAUUGUCAGAGAUUCAAGACAUUUGGGAUCCUACACAAUUUCUGUGUUUAUAAAAGCCAGAAGAAAUAUGGAGGCUACCAUCAAACAUUAUCAGAUUAAAAAGAAUGACUCGGGACAGUGGUACGUGGCUGAAAGACACCUCUUUCCAUCAAUCCCUGAGCUAAUCUGGUAUCACCAGCACAAUGCAGCAGGUCUCAUGACCCGUCUCCGCUACCCAGUUGGACUGAUGGGCAGCUGUUUGCCAGCCACAGCUGGUUUUAGCUAUGAAAAGUGGGAGAUAGAUCCCACUGAGUUGGCUUUUGUAAAGGAGAUUGGAAGCGGUCAGUUUGGGGUGGUCCAUUUAGGCGAAUGGCGAGCGCACAUCCGGGUAGCUAUCAAGGCCAUCAGCGAAGGCUCCAUGUCCGAGGAGGAUUUCAUCGAAGAGGCUAAAGUGAUGAUGAAAUUAUCUCAUUCAAGACUAGUCCAGCUCUAUGGGGUGUGCAUACAGCAGAAGCCCCUGUACAUUGUGACGGAGUUUAUGGAGAACGGCUGCCUGCUGAACUAUCUCAGAGACAGGAGGGGAGCACUUACGAGGGAGAUGCUGCUGAGCAUGUGCCAGGACAUCUGUGAAGGGAUGGAGUAUCUGGAGAGGAACUGCUUUAUUCAUAGGGAUUUAGCAGCAAGGAAUUGUCUGGUCAGUGCUGCAAGUAUAGUAAAAAUAUCGGACUUUGGAAUGACGAGGUACGUUUUGGAUGAUGAAUAUAUCAGUUCUUCUGGAGCCAAGUUCCCAAUCAAGUGGUCCCCUCCUGAAGUUUUCCAUUUCAACAAGUACAGCAGCAAAUCUGAUGUCUGGUCAUUUGGAGUUUUGAUGUGGGAAGUUUUUACAGAAGGAAAAAUGCCGUUUGAAAAUAAGUCGAAUCUGCAAGUUGUGGAAGCCAUUUCCAAAGGCUUCAGGCUCUACCGUCCUCAACUGGCGCCAAUGUCCAUAUAUGAAGUCAUGUACAGCUGCUGGCAUGAGAAACCUAAAAGCCGCCCCACAUUUGCUGAGCUACUGCAGGUUCUCACGGAGAUCGCAGAAACCUGGUGACCUGAAUGGAAUGCCCACCCGGAGGGUCAUCUUGCAAAAUUAUCACAAGAGGAAAUCCUGUGUGGGGUCACUGAUGGUGAACACCUUCCUUUAGAGCUGCUGACUCUUGGAAACAGUGCAGAGAUCACAGACUUUUCAAACUUUAAGGCUUAAGAUGAGUCUGGCAGUAAUUUUUCUGCACAGGUGUUUGAGAGGGGCUUCUAAACUCUGAUUUUUCUGUAAUGUUCUUCAUGUCCCAAAGGCGAAAAAGGGAAAAAUGCUCCAUCACAGUCUUCAGUGCUCUUUGUGACAAUAGCCCUGAGAGCCCCUGAGGGUAAAUGAAGACCUGACCCAUUACAGGGCUGAGGACAUUUCUUUUUUGAAGAGGAGUGAUAUUCGUUACUUCAGCGACUUGCUGAAAUAAAGAAAUUCAGCUAAUUCCUGAAAUAAAGGAGCCUCCCCUGAAGAAUUUAAUGCUUUUGAGCUGUACAGAUCCUUAUGGAAAAUGCACCUUUACAAACCACAUGAAUGUGAACAUUCUUAAACUGUCUUUUAUAAUCUUCUCUAUGUUAUUUAACUAAUCAGUUUUACCCAUACCGGAUUCCUUUGGAGAUAGCUUCUUGUAUUGCAGGGUUUUUUGUUUUUUUGUUUUUGUUUUUGUGUUUUAGGUAGGCAUGGAGCCAGCCCAUCGUGGGGCUUGAACUCCUCACCCUGAGAUCAAUGCCUGAGCUGAGAUCGAGAGUUGGAUGCUUAGCGGACUGAGCCACCCAGGCGCCCCCACCACAUUCCAGUUUUAAGCGUUGCGAAGGCAAAGUUCUUUGAACGGGCCCUGGUGACAUUUCUAUUUGCAGUAAUAUCCAUUGUCAGGGUUGGUUCAGAACCUGAAUUUCAGUCUAAAAUUUGUGUCCGUGGAGGUGAACAAUUUCAGAAGCCUUUUAAAAAACAUCUGUCGUGUAUCUUUUGUUUUUCUCAUGGUGUAAAAGAAUGCUUAUUGCACAGUUAGGUAAAGAAAUGUUCUACAUUUUGGAGGUUUCCUCUUUUUUUAAGUUAAAUUCUUAAAAAACUUUCUUGAGUAUAGUUGACACACAUGUGAUAUUAGUUUUGGGUGUACAAUGUAGUGAUUCAACAUCUCUCUAUGUUAUGCUGUGCUCAGCACAAGUGCAGCUACCGGCUGUCCCUGUACCACGAAUGCUGUUACAAUAUCAUGGUCUGUGUUCUCUAUGCUGUGCCUUUUAUUCUCAUGAUUUAUUUAUUCCCAGACUGGAAGCCUGUAUCUCCCACUCCCCUUCACCCAUUUUUCCCAUCCCUCCCUCCCCUUCCCUAUGGAAACCAUCAGUUCAUUCUCUGUAAUUAUGCGUCUGAUUUUGUAAGAAGCCUCAUUUUUCUUGUAGAAAGUACGUCUAGUAAAUUUCUAGAAGAUGACUUGUUUUUUUCCACGAGUGAGGGAAAAACCGAGAAAUCCAAAUAUUACCUACAUUCCAUUAUUUCUGAAGUACAGGGUUUUGAAUUCAAGAUAAAAUACCCAGUUGUCAUAACUCAA